UAUAAAUGUAUCAAAACAUAGUUAUCUAAUAUACAACAUAUUAAAUAACUUAAUUUUCUUGGUUGGAAUAGAGCCAACGGUCUAUCGUAAAUAAUAUUUCUAUCCCAUAAAGGUAGAAAUAAAGUCUACGUGUAUCUUAUCCUAUUCAGAUCGGCUUGCUUGUGGAAUUAUACUGAACAUUUUAUUAUGAGAUAAGCAUCCAAUACUCGCAUCGAACUUUAGCCAAAGUUUCUACUACACACUUCAACCAAUUAUGCUGACAUGAUAAUUUAUUUACAUAAAUGAGACCCAUGUCAAAGGUGUCAUGUCAGCCAAAAAAAUUAACAAAAGGUGUCAGUUCAAUACAAAAGGAUGACAAAAAUCAACUAAAAUUAAGUUUAGAGGUAAUAGGGUCCCGUAAAGUUGGAGUGUGUCGUAGCAUAUUUGGUUAUAGUUUAGGGGCGUACUAGAUGCUUUACUCUUUUAUUAUUGGUGUUGUUUAACUUGUUUUUUUUUUUUUUUUGGUUAGGGAAAUAAUGGAGCCAAGAGAAGCAAUAGAUGAAUUAUUUUUGAAAUUGCAUCCAUGUUUUGGUACAAAUACAAAGAUAGGAAUAAUAGGUGGUGGACCAAGUGGAAUAUCAGCUGCUUAUGCAUUGGUGAAACUUGGUUAUACAAAUAUUACUAUUCUUGAGAAGUAUCAUUCUGUUGGAGGCAUGUGUGAAUCAGUUGAUAUUGAAGGAAAUAUUUAUGAUUUGGGAGGACAAGUUGUUGCUGCAAAUAGUGCACCAACAAUUUUUCACCUAGCUAGAGAAAUCAAGGCUGAUGUUGAGGAAAUGGACAACCAUAAGUUUGCUCUAAUUGACUCUACUGGGAAAUACAAUGACAUACAAGUUGUACAAGAUUAUGUAUCUGUUAUUCCUCUCACCUUGAAGCUUCAGGAUGAGGCUAAGGCUUCGGGCAGAAUUGGUGUACAUGCUGUGAGUGAGGCAGCAGCUGACUUAUGUCCUGCGUUUCUUGAGGACAACGGGUUGAAAUCAGUUCCGAAAGCAGUGGCUUAUGGCUACACUGCUUCUGGAUACGGGUUCGUGCAAGACAUGCCAUAUGCAUAUCUCCAUGAGUUCAUCAGAACUUCUAUGGCUGGGAAGAUUCAACGGUUUAAAAAAGGCUAUACCAGCAUCUGGAAGAAGCUGAGCGAGCGAUUGCCUGUUACAUUGCUCUGCAACAAUGAAGUAGUGUCACUUAAACGUGACUCAUUAGGCGUUCAUGUGGAUGUUAAAAAUGAGAUUGAUGGUGAAUUGAAAACAUUGGAGUUCGAUAAAAUUGUUGUCUCGGGUUCUUUUCCCUUUACCGGUGGAAAGUUUUAUAGGUCUCCAGCUUCAUCAAAUGCAUCAGUAAGCAAGAGCAGGAGAAUCGACAUGAAUAGCCUUGAGGAGGAGUUGUUUGAUAAAGUACAAACUAUUGACUAUUACACCACAGUCUUGAAGAUAACUGGAUUUGAUCAUAUCCCGAUGGGUUUUUACUACUUUGGUGAGUUCAUGAAUGAUCCAAAAGCCAUCGGCAAUCCAGUAGCAAUGCAGAGAUUUUACAAUGAUACAAAUGUCUUCUUGUUCUGGUCUUAUGGUAACUCGGUAGACAUAGUAGGAUCAAAGGUCACUGAGCUCCUCAUAAAAGUCGUUGAAAGUAUGGGAGGCCUAGUUGAAAAAGUUGUGUUGCAACGAAAGUUCAAGUAUUUCCCUCAUGUUAACAGCCAAGAUAUGAAGGAAGGCUUUUAUGAGAAAGUGGAAAAUCAACUACAGGGUCAACAAAAUACGUAUUAUGUUGGCGGUUUGAUGGCAUUUGAGUUGACGGAAAGGAAUGCAUCCUACGCCAUGGCUCUUAUGCGCAAGCAUUUCACCAGUAAUAGUGCCAUGCCAGCCUUCCCAUAUGUUAAGAGGUUACUGCCACUGAAAUCAGAUUGUAUCCUUGGUUCUAGACAACUCAAUGAAUCUUCCGGGAUCACCUUUCCGGAUUUGUGUUCCCUGAAUAGCUACUUGAGACACUGGGGAACUCAUCCUUCUACUCAGGACAAUACCGUAUAUACAUGGAUCAAUGAGAAAGGAGAUGUGACAGAUCGGAGGACGUAUAGAACACUUCACUCAAAUGCUUCAACUGUAGCUCAGAAGUUAUUAACAUGCAAGAAACCAACCAUCUUGCCUGGCGAUAGAGUUCUCUUAAUCUACAUUCCAGGGCUUGACUUCGUCGAUGCCUUUUUCGGGUGCCUGAGAGCUAAAGUCAUACCAGUACCUGCCAUACCUCCUGAUCCAACACAGGGAGGUGGACAAGCACUUCUGCAUAUUGCAAACAUUGCUAAAACAUGCGAUGCUGUAGCGAUAUUGUCAACAUCUAAAUACCAUUUUACGGUCCAAACCUUUUCUGUAAAGAAUAUGGUAUUCGGUAGAGGCAAUGGGAGAUCAUCCGGUGGCUGGCCGGACCUACCUUGGUUAUACACCGACUUAUGGAUCAAGAGAAGCAAAAUUUUCAAGAACAGCAAUGAAGUAGCUCGAGAAGACCACGAUCCUUUGCCAAAUGAUUUGUGUUUUCUCCAGUUCACUUCUGGUUCAACUAGUGAUCCUAAAGGAGUUGUGAUCACUCAUAUAGGAAUCAUUCAUAAUGUAAAGUUGAUGCGGAGAAGAUACCGGGCCAACACAAGGACGAUACUAGUGAGCUGGCUACCACAGUAUCAUGACAUGGGACUUAUCGGAGGACUUUUCACUUGCCUAGUAAGUGGCGGUUCCGCGAUACUCUUUUCUCCGAUGACAUUCAUCAAGAACCCACUCUUAUGGCUGCAGACUAUGAGCAAAUACCAUGCUACUCAUAGUGCUGGCCCGAACUUUGCAGUUGAACUCCUUGUACGGAGACUAGAGUCUAACAAGGUGCAGAAUCUAGAUCUCUCCUCCAUGACUUUCCUCAUGGUUGCUGCUGAACCUGUAAGGGGAACAACUCUCAAAAGAUUCAUCGAGUUGACUGAACCUUUCGGACUCUCCCAAGAAGUAAUGGCACCAGGAUAUGGCCUUGCGGAGAAUUGUGUGUAUGUAAACAGUGCAUAUGGAGAAGGCUUGCCAAUUUUGGUUGAUUGGCAGGGGAAAGUCUGCUGUGGCUAUGCUAAUGUACACACUGCAGACGUCGAAAUCAAAAUUGUCGAGCCUGACACUGGUAGGGAGCAUGAUGAUUCCACCAAAGAAGGGGAGAUAUGGAUUAGCAGCUUGAGUACGGGAGCUGGAUACUGGGGAAUAGAGGAGUUAAGCCGGAAAACAUUUGAGAAUGAACUUCUCACUGAACCGGGGAAAAGGUACAUAAGAACCGGUGAUUUAGGUAGAAUCAUUGAUGGAAAACUGUUCAUUACAGGGAGGAUAAAGGAUCUCAUAAUAGUUGCUGGAAGAAACAUAUAUUCCACCGAUGUUGAGAAAACAAUCGAAAAAGCAUCUGACCUUCUACGGCCUGGCUGCUGCGCGGUGGUUGGCAUUCCUGAUGAGGUACUAAUGUCAAAAAGGAUAUCAUUUCCUAAAGGUUCCGAUCAACUUGGAUUGGUCGUUGUGGCAGAAGCUUAUAAUCCAAUUCCUUAUGAAGUUAUUGAACGCAUCCAUACUCGUGUUGCAGAAGAACAUGGUAUAUGUAUUGCUUCCAUUGUGGUUAUCAAACCAAGGUCCAUUAGUAAGACUACCUCAGGGAAAAUCAGAAGAUUUGAAGUAGCCAAAAGAUUUAUUGAUGGAACAUUGAGCAUUUUGGAAGAUGCAACCGAUGGAGAAAAAUCAUCACAGGAGUCUAAAGAUGUUUCCACACCACAAAUCACAAGAAAUUUAGCUCGGGGAAAUGACAAAAUUAGCAAAGGACAGAUCAUAGAAUUUCUGAAGGAGCUGCUGUAUGAAAUGACAGGAGUUCCCAAGUUUAAAAUCUCCAUCACUGAGAGUCUGGUGUCUUAUGGUGUUGACUCAAUUGGCGUUGUUCGAGCAGCUCAGAAAAUUUCAUCCUUUCUUGGAGUCCCCGUCGGAGCGAUAGACAUCUUCUCAGCAACCUGCAUCGAAGACUUAGCAGACUAUGCUGAAGAUCUUUUGAUAAAAUCCCGUCCCGAGUUGGUGGAAACUACCUCCAAUUCUUGUGAAAGUAAGAUGGGAUCAACCAUAAGUACCAAUAUCAAGGUUUCUGAUUCUCAUAAGCUAGUUAUCUGGUUUUUCCAAUUUUUAGCUCUUGCUUAUGUUUCUUUCUUGCUGAUAUUUCCUGCAUGCAUGUCGGUUUCCGCUUUCACAUUUCUUGUCUCUAAAUGCCAAAUGCUGAUACAAGCAGCCCCUUGGUUUGGUUACAUUCUUUCCUUAGUAUGUGCUCCUCUUUCUUGGAUAUUAUGCAUCCUCUCCACCAACAUCUGCAUAGCUUUUCUUGGAAAGUCAUUUCUACAACCAAACUAUAUGUUGAACCCUGAGGUAUCCAUCUGGUCCAUUGGUUUUGUCAAGUGGUGGGCACUUUAUAAGGCUCAAGAAAUCUCUUCAAAAGUCUUAGCAGUGCAUUUGAGAGGAACAGUGUUCAUCAAUUAUUGGUUCGAGAUGCUUGGGGCAAAUAUAGCAUCUUCUGCUAUUCUUGACACUGUCGACAUCACGGAUCCAUCGUUAGUUUCUAUUGGAGGGGAAGCAGUGAUCAACGAAGGAGUAUUGCUUCAGAGUCAUGAAGUGAAAAAUGGUGUCUUGAGCUUCAACCCGAUUAGGAUAGGCCAAAAAUCAUCGAUCGGUCCUUAUGCUGUUGCUCAAAGAGGACGCACAGUGGAAGAUGGAGCUCAUGUGCUGGCUCUCAACACCAGCACGACUGCAGUUAAAAGUGUUCAGGCUAAAAGCACCCAAAAGGACAACUCGACACGAAAGAUCACAAAGGGGAGUCAGGGAAAUCAUGAACAUAUCAGUCAACUACUCUCCAUAUACAUGGUUGGCUUUCUCAGCAGCUUAUCGGCAGCUGUUGUAUAUUUUAUUUACCUUUCGCUAUGGCAAAGCUCGCCUUCACUAAAACAUUUCAGUUUUUUUUGCUUAGCGGGUGCCUUUCAUUGGUUUCCUUACAUGAUUGUCACAUAUGCAACGCUGUUUGACAAUGCCCCUUCAUUCACUUUCGCCACCACCAUUGCCAUUGCUUACAUAUCUCAUGGUCUUAUCCUUAGUUUCUUCACUUGUUUGUUAAACCAUGUUGUCCGUCAAAAAGGAGAAAUGGACAUGACGGGGACUUGUCUUAUCCAUCGUGUCAAUGUUGCAUGUCACAUAAGAUUCACAAAAUUCAUUUCUGGAACAGAGUUGUUCUGUAUUUAUUUACGGCAACUAGGCGCAAAAAUUGGCCAACAUUGUUCCAUCAGAGCCAUUAACCCCAUUUUAGAACCAUCCCUGAUCUCAAUAGGCAAUGGUGUGCAUUUAGGGGACUUCAGUAGAAUUGUUACCGGAAUAUAUACCUUAAAUAACUUUGUGUCUGGAAAAAUUGAUAUUCAAGAUAACUCGGUUAUCGGUAGUCAAGGCCUUGUCCUCCCAGGUUGUGUCAUUGAGAAGGAUGUUAUUCUUGGUGCAAUCUCAGUUGCUCCCAUGAAUUCUGUCCUUCGGCAUGGUGGUGUCUUUGUUGGCUCUAAAAAUCCAGUUAUGGUCAAAAGCAAGUCUUAUUCAUUGGAUGAUCGAAUCGAGGAGAUGGACGUGAAAUACAAAAAGGUGCUUGGGAAUCUAGCUGCAAAUUUUGCUGCUUCAACUCUUAAAGUGAGAUCGAGAUUCUUUCAUCGAAUUGGUGCUGCAGGUAAAGGAUACUUAAGCCUCUACAAUGACAUCCCAGGUUUUCCAGAUCACAAGAUUUUCAGUCCUGGAACGACAUACGGAGUUAUUAUGAGGCACAGUAAUUGUUUGAGUUCUGAUGAUGAUGCAAGACUUGAUCCGCGUGGUGCAGCAAUAAGGAUCCUAUCGAAUGAAACAGAUGAGAGAAGAACAAUUCUUGAUCUGACACUAAAAACUGGCAAGGCAUUUCAUACUCGAACUAUAGGUGACUUUGCAACGUGGCUUGUUUGUGGAGCAGCAGCACGGGAAGAACACGUGAAGCAUGCUCCACAUAUCCGGGAUGCAAUGUGGGGAUCUCUUCGACAGACAGACUCCUACACCAAGCUGCAUUACUAUUCAAACAUUUGCAGGCUUUUCCGAUUCAAAGAUGAUCAGGAGAUGUAUGUCAAAUUCAAGUUAAGGCCUUUUGACAACAACAUUGGUGAGGAUUCUGGUGAGGUAAAGCCUAGAGGAGUACUUCCACCAGAGACUGGUGCAAUUCCAAGAGAUGAGAAUGACAACCGUCCAUUAUGCUUCCUUGAUGAAGAUUUCCAACAUCGUGUGCAUAAUUCCGAGAAGGUCCGUUAUGUUCUACAACUACAAAUCCGACCAAUACCGGAGGAUGAAGUUACUCGGGAGGUUGCACUUGAUUGUACCAAGCCAUGGGAUGAGAUUGAAUUUCCUUAUAUUGAGAUAGGAGAUAUAACUAUUGAUGCAACGCUCACAAAAGAAGAAUCAGAAGAGCUGGAGUUCAAUCCAUUUCUCAAAUGUCAUGAAGUGGAUGUCAUUCGGGCAACAUCAUGCAAUCAAAGCGCGUCCAUGGACCAUGGACGUUCAGUCGUUUAUGACAUAUGCCAGUACCUGAGAAACAGAAAGCCUCUCCCAGAAGCUUGGAGAUUCUUCUUGGAUCAAUCUGAUGUGAAAAUGGACUUCACUGGCUGUCCCCUUGCAGCAACACUGGAGAAAAAGGAUACAACCAAAGUCGUUACACUAGCAAGAUCUUGGUACGUGACAAUGUGGCUAAUCUCUGCUCAACCGUUUUUGCAAACCUUUCUUCCAUAUUUCCUCAUGGGAUUAACAAUCUUUGCUCCACUGAAGUGUCUUUUCUACAUGUCGGAUGGCCUAAAAGUCCAGAAGCAUUGGCUGCUUCCUCUGUUUUGGAUUGUCACAGGACUUUUAGGUGGAUUUCUAUGUGCUAUGGCAAAAUGGAUUCUUGUAGGAAUCAAGAAAGACGGUGAAAGUGAACUAAUUUGGAGUAAAGGGAUCUUCAGCGAUACGAUUUGGCAAGCAAUAAGGACACUGGUAGGAGACUAUUUCAUGGAAAUGACUAGUGGAUCAUUCUUAUUCGGAAUUUGGAUGAAGCUUAUGGGAUCAGAAGUUGCUUGGGAGGAAGGCGCGUACAUCGACAGCAUGGGGGCAGUUUUGAAUCCUGAAAUGGUGAGUGUUGACAAGUAUGGAUCGAUCGGGAGAGAAGCUUUGCUCUUUGGACACAUAUAUGAAGGUGAAGGAGGCAAAGUGAAGUAUGGCAAAAUCAAGAUUGGAGAAAAUGGUUGUGUGGGAAGUAGAGCUGUGGCAAUGCCAGGGGUAACUAUUGAUAAUAAAGGUACUCUUGGAGAUCUCUCACUUGCCAUGAAAGGAGAACUCGUAAAGUAGGCGAAAAUAUGAUCAAGAUCAUGGCAGUGUUUGGUACUGUUGAAAAUAUGUCUCAGAAAUAAAAUAAAGUAGGAAUUAAUAAUUUUAGUAGUUUUAAAUUAUUAGAGUCCUAUAUGAUUUAGGAAUUAGUUGUCCUUUUAUUAUUUGAAUAGGAAUUAGUUAUGCAAUUUAAAUUGAAAUGUAGUAAGAAAUUUAGCUAUAAAUAUAUGUUUUGAGUU